GUAGAUGGCUGUAGAUGGCCGUAGAUGCCUUCCAAUUUCACAUGACAAGAUCGGGAAAUGCUCAUGUCGUCCCGCUCCGUUUUCCCAACGUACGUUUCCCUUGACUCAGACAGCUUCAGCCUUCUCGAAAUAAUGCUAUGCAACCGGGGCAGGCUGCCAGCGAUUGCUGAACGUUGAACAUCCGUGUUACGAUAUUUUUCUUCAAGUUUCGCAUGUCAGACAAGACCGCAGGUCGCAGGCCUAUCAUUGGUAUUUGGACUACGCGCCAAAGUACAACGACGGCGAUGACGGCGAUGACGACGCUGACGUUGGUCUCUGUGUACGAUCAACGGCUCGUCAGAGAGCUCGAUCAUAGCCGCGACGUCCAUUUGCGACUAUAAAUUCACGACAACUUUGCAAUUCUUCCUCAGAACACUCUUGCCUUCGUACAUUCACAAUCUCAAACAGUGCCAAAUCUCUCAUACUCACCCGAUUUUACCACAACCAUGGUCCUGGUCUUGAAGCAGUCGCUCGCGCUGCUCGUGCCCGCGAUAUACACUUCAGACGCUUCGCGAACCCCGUCCUCGGGUCAUCGUGGUGGCAACGCACACCCCUCGCGUUCGUCCUCGGACAUGGACGUUCACUCGUCCAUCGUCAGACGAUCCUCCCAUGCACGCGGCAAACCCUGCCAAUCUGGACCGUCUGCCAAGGGCAAACGUGUCCACGACGCAAAGUGUGGACGCUCGCUCCAGCGAGCGCCGUCAUACAGUCAUCGCCAGUGCGAUCGUCACGUCGCGGUGACAGAGUCGCAUCUCUGCCCGCCCGCCCGCCGCAUGUGCUCUGGGCUGCCCGUGCCCCCAAGGAACUAUCGCCUCUCGCCCCCUCGCAUGACCCUGCCACGCCCUGCUGUCGAACACUGGGGACUUCGCUUCAGAAGAAGGGGUACUCCGGGACGUUUCGCCUACGCGCCCGUCCCUGCGCCGCAGAGAGUCAUCCGUGGCCCAGCUCCGCGAGGUUCUCUUCGCGCCUCAGCUUACAUGCGUCGCGAAGUUCUCCUCGGAUCAUUUGUAUCUCUAGCGCAUGCUGUCUUUUGAAUCAAACCAGUGGUUUGUCCCAAU